CAUGAUUGUAUUCAGAUAACAAAAUUUGAAUUGCUCAUAGUGUCAUGUCUUUUAUCUUAAUCUUCAGCAAACAGCGCAAAAAGAAUCUCAAGAAGAUACAAACUGAACUGAGAAAGGAACAACAACCACCAAAAGUACAACUACCAACACAACAGAACAUAUUGAGUAAUAAUAACAACUCAAUAUUUUUUUUCAAAUUUCUUUUGAUGCAAUUAUAAAUAAACAAUCGAGGAGCACGUAUAUGACAACAUUUGCAGCCCCAAACUUUACCCAUCUUUGCAGUAUAUUUCUGGAUGAUGUAAUGACGAUAAAGAUGUUUGAAGGAUGAGGCUCUGAACCGUGCAAGUCCCUCUGCCCUCUCUAUGGCGUUAGAAAUAGAUGAAUUUGUUCCCUCUAUGGCGGUUGGAGAAUCUAGUAAACCACUACAAACAGAAUUUGAUACCCUAUCUACAACGAGUUUUGUAGAAUAUUCCUACUCAGAAGAAGAAUAUCCAAGAGCAGGUGAGACAGAUGAUGAAGAAUAUCCAACAGAACAGAACACAGAUGAGGCUCUGAACUGUACAAGUCCCUCUGCCCUCAGCAGUAUGGUGUCUAAUUGGUUUGAUGGUUGGCCCGUGUCAGACGAAAACCUUGUAAAAUUGAUGAAAUCAUGUGAAGACUCAGUUGCCGGAAGACGUGAACCUUUUACUUGGAUUCAUGUGUAUGCUUACUUCAAUAAGAAAAAACGUUACGGAGGAUAUGGAGUUAUUGUACACAAUGAUCUAGGGGUGCCAAUCACUGCUUCAGCUCGGUUCUCAAAAGAUGGAUGUUCUUUUUAUCAUCAAGUAUUCGAGGGAAUAAAUGCUGGUGUGAAACUUGCUGGAAAACUUGGUUGUUCUCUCCGUGUCCGAUGUGACGAGUAUAUUAUGAGCGAGCUGGGUUGUUGCCCUGAGAUGAAGCUUCUUGUGUUGAAACUUAGGCAGAAGGAUCCAAUAGAUUUUCUAUUUAAUUCGGCGGGUGUAGCUGUACAUUAUCCGGCAAAAUUGGAAAAAAAAAAAAGAAGGGACUUGCUCAGAAGAAGGAAGGAAGGUAUGCCACCGAUGAAGAUGGGUCAGGAUGAUUGUAUGAAGAGGACUCUAUUGGGUAGUUCAGGUAUUCUUAUUUUGAUUAGUAGUUGUAUUCUAUUACUUUAUUAUGUGGGUAUUGUUCAUGUUAACGGAUAA